AUGGAGCAGUACUGCAUCUUGGGGCGCAUAGGGGAGGGUGCGCACGGCAUCGUCUUCAAAGCCAAGCACGUGGAGACUGGAGAGAUCGUUGCCCUCAAGAAGGUGGCCCUGCGGCGGCUGGAGGAUGGCAUCCCCAACCAGGUCCUGCGGGAGAUCAAGGCCCUGCAGGAGAUCGAAGACAGUCAGUAUGUUGUGCAGCUGAAGGCCGUGUUCCCACAUGGCGCGGGCUUCGUGCUGGCCUUCGAGUUCAUGCUGUCUGAUCUGGCUGAAGUGGUGCGCCACACCCAGAGGCCACUGGCCCAGGCGCAGGUCAAGAGCUACUUACAGAUGCUGCUCAAGGGCGUCGCCUUCUGCCAUGCCAACAACAUUGUGCAUCGGGACCUGAAACCAGCCAACCUGCUUAUCAGUGCCUCAGGCCAGCUCAAGAUAGCGGACUUUGGCCUGGCCCGGGUCUUUUCCCCAGACAGCAACCGCCUCUACACACACCAGGUGGCUACCAGGUGGUACCGAGCUCCCGAGCUCCUGUAUGGUGCCCGCCAGUACGAUCAGGGUGUCGACCUCUGGGCCGUGGGCUGCAUCCUGGGGGAGCUGUUGAACGGGUCCCCCCUUUUCCCAGGAGAGAACGACAUCGAACAGCUUUGCUGUGUGCUUCGAAUCUUGGGCACCCCCAGUCCUCAAGUCUGGCCGGAGAUCACUGAGCUGCCCGACUACAACAAGAUCUCCUUCAAGGAGCAGGCGCCCGUGCCCCUGGAGGAGGUGCUGCCCGACGCCUCUCCCCAGGCCUUGGACCUGCUAGGGCGGUUCCUCCUCUACCCACCACAGCAGCGCAUCUCUGCCUCCCAGGCCCUCCUGCACCACUACUUCUUCACAGCUCCCCUGCCUGUCCACCCCUCGGAGCUGCCGAUCCCCCAGCGUCCAGGGGGACCUGCCCCCAAGGCCCACCCAGGACCUCCCCACGUCCAUGACUUCCACGUGGACCGGCCCCUCGAGGAGUCACUGUUGAACCCGGAGCUGAUUCGGCCUUUCAUCCCGGAGGGCUGA